GUCAAGGUUUAGUCCGUGGGUUGGUGGAGGCUCGUCAUCAUCUUCCUCCCACUCUCUUGCCCCGACUCCGCCCCUCGGUUCCCGGUAGACUUUCUCGGCACACCUCGAGCCAACAGGACUAUUAAGGUGCUCUUUAUUUUUCCGUGUGGCGCUUUUCUACUUUCACCGUUUAUUGUUUUUUUCUUUUCUCCUUCUUCUCCAUAUUUAACCCACGCAAACUGCCACCGUUUCCCCGAGGAUCUUUAUUUUUCUUUUUUUCUUUUUUUUUACUGUUUUUAUUAUUUUAAAAAAUUGGACUACAUUGGAAUCCACCGAGUCGCUUCCCAGAUGAAAUAAAGCUCCGACACUAGAGGACAACAUGACUGUCACUCGGGAGUUUUUCGUCCUUUUCUGCGCCACAAUAAUCACGUUUGCACUCCGGUGUGCGGCAGCUUAUCAACUUCCUGAACCAGUGAACCCGUCAUACAAGUGGAUAGAUCCAUUUCAGGUGAACGUGACCUGGGAGUGGAAGAAGCCUCAUCAUCUGCCGAAGAACUGCAGCAUGAGCUUUAUUGUAAGCUUGCAAACAAAAGACAAACCGAAGAACACGCUGACGACAAACAAAUUUUACACUCAAGAGUUUUACACAGAGGAAUUUGGUUCUGGCCAAUGGAAUUUUACUAUUAAGAAGCAGGCUUGCGAUGGCUGGACAGAGAGCAAAUCCACACCUAUAACCAUCAAGACGAGAAAGCCACAUGCCAAAGUGGUGGAGGACUUCAAAUGUUACAUUGAGCCCAACAAACUGAACUGUUCCUGGACCCCGGUCGACCCGUCUGUUGCCCUGAACGUCUCGUACAGGUACUGUGGGCAUGAUAAAAUGAAGCAGUGUAGUACGUCUGACAGAGGAAUGAGAAGCUGCCACCUGGACUAUGACUUCUUGAAGGUGAUCGCUGUGUGCGCGGAGACCGAUGCCGGAUUAACCACCUUUAAACCCAGACUAGUGAUACCUGUGCCACCCUUGAGAAUAAAAGUUGAAAGUUCGCAGUUGCAGUUGCAGUUUGACUUUCCACAAGUUGGAUCCGGGUGCAUUUGGAAUUACGACGUCAACUACACAGAAUGCGGUGAACAAAGACCUUCCCGGACCUUCAAGCUUGAAAAAAAUGAAACCACACCGAAGACAAUCCCCUAUAAAGAAAGCUGCCGAUAUGACUUUAACUACACCGUCAAGUCCGUUUCCUACUGCCCGGAUAUCUUCGCCGACAGCAGUAAAACUGUGCAUUACGGAACUAACAUCCCUCCUGACGAGACUCUGACCGUGGUCGCCAUUAUUCUCCCUAUUAUUCUGUGUGCCUGCGUCAUCCUGUCCUGCUACUGCGUCAGGAGGCACAGUGCCAUCUUUUGUCCCGUCAUACCAGACCCUUCCACCAUAUUCAAGGAAAUGAUGAAUGGAAACAGAGACCUUAAGCCUCCAGGGAAUCUGUACUUGCCGGUGCCAGAACCCAUCGAAAAGUGCAGCGUCGCUCUUGUAUCUGAAGGAGCGAACGGCCAGAAAAACUCCUGACAUGUCCUGGUUCCACGGUGAAGCCUGCAGGACAGAUGGACUUCCACUCUGGGCAAACGCAUCAGGAACAUUUACGGACGGACGGAAAAGCUGUGUUUCACUGACCCCUAGUGGUCGAAGUGAGAAGUGCGCUGAAAAUUGCAAAACAAAACAGAAAGCUUUUUGUCCGCUCCAAGUUGCUCUUCGAGGCGGUGCUGACGCCACGGUCAGGAUUAAAAGAAAUGCACUGAAUAAUUCAGAAUAUCUGGAGCUACCUUGAAAACUUUGGACCUUGAAUUGCAAACCGGACGAGAAGGCGCUGUGCGCGUGACCGGCCGGUUGAGUGACGAGGAGGGGUUCAGGAUGUGCGUUUGAUAAAUGGACAAACAGAAACUGUGUUACCAGUCAAGAGAUUUGGUAAAUCCCUGGACAUCUGCUGUUCGUUAAUGAGAAAUAAACUUAUGAAGCUGUGGGAGCGAAAGCCAAAGCAAAUACUUCGCAGCAACGCUGCACCACUCCCACCACUCAUUUUCUCUGGAGAAAUUCUGAAUAUCUCAUCUUUAAACGAAGCCUCGUUUAAUUUUCCUCUGUUAAGGCAUCAUUAAAGCAUGUAAGAGGGACCUAAGGUUUUAUUGUCAUUGUACAAGAACUUGCAAAGAAAAUAAGGGUUCUACUAAUAUCCCAUCGGUAGAAGUGACCAAAGGCAGACCACAUACCAUCUUAAGGUGUCAGCAAAUGAGAAUCAGAAUAUUUACUGGUCUGCAUGGACUUUGACAUGACGUAUUCUGGACACAAAUAUCUUGCACAAUUUGGAUGGAAGUAAAGGGGCUUUCUUACAAGACUCGGUGUAUAUUUCAUGUCUGAUUUAAAGUCUUGUGUGUGAAACUUUCAUCCUUCCUGGAAACAGAACGGUGAUGGGAACUGUGUGAGCAUCUGAGUGUAUAUUAAAAUGUUUAUUAAACUUAUUUCACCAUGA